CACGGCUGGAUCCCGGAACGAACACUUGAUUAAAGACGGCAUAGACAGGCACUAUCACAACCAAAAAAGACAACAGUAUCGAUUCAUUAUCACCCAAGUCUUUUGUUCAAGAAUCGGCCUACCAUGACGUUCAAUCUCUUUGCGAAGGAGAGCGUGAUGUUCCCGUCGCAAGGUGCACUACGCGCCAUUACCAUUAUCGAACGAAUUGGAUCUGUCUUCUCACUAUUAGGAUGCAUCUUCAUUAUCAUUACAUUCACAACUUCGAGUGCCUUCCGAAAGCCCAUUAACCGGCUUGUAUUCUACGCCUCCUUCGGCAACAUGGCAGUAAAUGUCGGGACCCUCAUAGCCAGGUCUUAUGUUGAAGAUGAAAACUCAACUGGGUGCCAAGUCCAGGCUUUCUUGAUCCAACAAUUCCUGCCUUCCGACGCUCUGUGGGCAUUCGCUAUGGCCUUCAAUGUCUAUCUGACUUUUUACUUCAAAUUCGACGCCGAAAAAUUGAAGAGAAUAGAAACGUGGUACCUCUUGAUUUGCUAUGGCUUGCCGUUUCCACCAGCCCUAGCUUACAUCUUUAUACAUACCCAGGAGAAGGGAAGGGUUUAUGGCGACGCGAUUCUAUGGUGCUGGGUAAAUUCCAAUUGGGAUGUCUUGAGAGUUGCCACCUUCUAUGCACCCAUUUGGGUUAUUAUCUUGGCUACAUUUUUCAUCUAUAUUCGAUGCGGCAGCGAGAUUUACAGGAAGCGCAGGUUAUUGCGGAAAGCAGACAGCAGCAGUCAUGGUGGACAUGACUUUGAGUUAAGCAAGUUGGAAGAGGCCUCCCCACCGAAGACAACGGUAACAACCGAGAUCCGUGUCACAUCCGAGGUUGCGUCCCAGGGCAGCGAGCAGACAGAGGCCGAUCUUCGAGAUGCUGAAGCCAAGGGUCCUGGUGCUUACUCUAUCAUGAUUUCAUCUGGCUGCCGAGCACCCCCUGCUCCCACUGUCGUAUCAGCGAAUCCAUCCCAAAGCAAGCCAAAACGGAAGAAGAACAGCAACGACGCGGCUUGGGCAUACACGAAGUGCGCUAUCCUCUUCUUCACCGCUCUCCUCGUAACAUGGAUCCCGUCAUCAGCAAACCGGGUGUUCAGUCUUGUUCACACAGGUGAGACUGUGGUGGCAUUGGAGAUUCUGAGUGCCAUCGUCCUUCCCCUCCAAGGGUUUUGGAACGCUAUCAUAUACUGUGUCACAUCUUGGUCCGCCGUCAAGUUGUUUUUCUCGGAAGUUCUACACCGUACAAGACACGGCGAUUCGCCUUCUAACUUUGUAUCGCAACAGAGAGACCGGCACGACCUUAACUUCAGCUUCAGGGGACGGAGUAACAAGGGAUCUGAGGACUCCGACAGCAUGAAGGAACUUGCAGGAAACGCGAUCCCGAUGUCAAAAUCAUCAUGAAAACGAUAGUGAUCAUCUAGCUUACAUUAAAAUAAUCAAUAAUAUAUUUCUUACUUGAUAGCUACAAGCCUGCCUAUUUGUCACUUCCUCUGUUGACCUACGAUACUGGGUUUAGGUACAUAUUCGAUUUAUAUAGUUCACCUC